CAGUUCGAACUCAGCUUUUGUCUUAAAAAGACCUAUUUAAGAUGUUAUUAAAAAUAUUUUUAUUAUUAAACGCGUACAUUUUCCCAAUGUGUAUGGGGGAAUUUUAUACAAAUUAUUCUAUUGAUGUCGUGAAUUAUUUUAAAAUGCCUUUGCUAAAUAAAUUUGACGAUUACGAGGGAUGCAUGAAAGUAUACAAUGACAAAGCAAAAUAUUGUUAUGUCCGAACUGCUUUGAAGCCCGACCCAUCUUCAAAGCUUUACAACUUUAUUUGGGAAUUUUCUAACAGAAAAAAACAACAUUUUCGCCAUGAUAAAUUAACGCGUGGUAUUUGUGUCAACAGAUGCAUGGAAGCAAUUAAGGAAUUGGGCUCAGAAGCUGAAGAAUUCUUUGUUGAGAACUUUAAAUUGGAUUAUAAAAUAAAUUUUGAUUUCAUAAAUUACGCAAACUCAUCGGAAGAUAGAAAAAAGUACAACAAGAUCAUUAAUCAAUGUAUCAAUGUUGAAUUGAUGGAACUUUAUGACCUCAAGGGCUUCAGCUCUAUUGAAUAUUGCACAACUAAUAGAAACGCAACGAAAAUCGAUUGGCUUGACAUCUUUUUCAUCAUCGCGUUUAGCAUUUUAUUGACGAUUGUAAUAAUAUCAUCUGCAUAUGAUAAAAGAUUACUAAUACAAAUGAAUAAGACAUCGAAGAUUCGGAUUGAAGCUGAGCGUCACUUAAAGACCGCACCUCCAACAUUGAAACAAAAACUUUUGGUAUCAUUUUCAUAUCAUCGCAAUUGGUAUUUGCUAUCAGCUCCCGUUAAGUCGGAAAUGAGAGAUCUGCGAUCGAUCUCAGCUAUUCGGAUAUGGACAAUGAUUCCUAUCAUUUAUGGUCAUUGUUCAUGGUUUAUGGUCGCCGUGCCGCUCCAAAAUCCCUUUUUUGUUGAAAAUAGUUACCACAGUUUAUGGUCAAUGCUUGUCAUUAAUGGUGGAAAUCUCGUUCAGUCAUUUUUCUUCAUUAGCGGAUUUCUUAACAGCAUCGUUUUGCUUUCAUAUGUUGAUAAAAACAAAAUUAAAAAUUUCAGUAUUUUAGUUAAGACGAUAAUUUAUCGAUACAUCAGAUUCGUACCAGUCCUAAUAUUUGUCAUUCUUCUUCAUUCAUCGUGGCUUCACCGUUUCGAUUCUGGGCCCUUUUGGAAUAAGUUUACAUAUUACGAACGCCAAUCUUGUAGACUUAAUUGGUGGACAAAUAUUUUGCUGAUAAACAAUUAUAUAAGUGGAGACAUGAAGUGUGCUGUUCAUACUUGGUUUAUCUCAACUGACUUCCAUCUCAGCAUUAUAGCUACUGGCAUUCUAUUACUUGUCAUCAAUUACCCAAAGCGACGCAAUCUCAUCUUCUUCGGAUCAGUUUUCAUUUCAUUCGUGAUCUCAUUUAUUCAUUUUUACAUAACAAAGCUUGAACCAAUUUUAAUAUUAUCACCAGAGACACUGAGAAAUCAGUUGAUUGUAACAUCGCCAUAUGAUCGCUAUUUUUAUGAAUUUCAUAGUCCCACACAUUUGAAUACUGGAAAUUAUUUAAUCGGAGUCAUUAUCGGAUAUUUCUACUAUCAAUACAAAGAAGCUGGGAAUAAUCAUCGGAAAAAAGCUGCUUAUCACGUUCUUUGGCAUCUUUCAUAUAUGAUGACAUUUUUCCUAUGUUUCAUUGGCAUCUACUUCUACGAAAAUGACAUUGAGAAAGGCUUCAAAUCUGCUUUAAUUGGAGCAAUACUCAAACACAUCUAUGCACCGAUACUUGGAGUUCUUCUUGUUGGAAUUUUCUUUCGAUAUGGACAUUACAUUCCGAAAUUGUACAACUACGGAAUGUACAGAAUAUUAGCAAGAGUUUCUUUUUCAGUGUACAUGAUACAUUACACUGUGGGAUUAGUGCUUGUGACUGGUCAACAAUAUCCAUUAGAAAUUAAUAAUGCAACACUCAAUGUGUAUACAGCAGGUGUUUAUGUUUUAAGUCAUGGAUAUGCAAUUUCUCUCGCUUUGUGCAUUGAACUUCCUGCUUAUGUCAUAUAUAAAUCAAUAACCGAUUAUUUAGAUAAUAAAAAGCUCCAAAGCCAACAGAAACAAGGUCAAAGUAAUGACGCUUUUGAAGGCAUCGGACCGUCUAAAUUAAAUAUUGUUACUAAAUCGUUCGUCAUGUUAAGUCAAUCAAUUCUUAGUGAAGAUAUGAGAAAUAUAUUUUUAAUAUCAGCAUGCAUUUUAUUUUCUAUCGGAAGCACACUUAGUUACCAAUUAGAUGUGAAAUCUUAUUAUAAGAUGCCUGAUUUGUAUCGCUUUGACGACUAUGAGCAAUGUUUAGGAGCUGAUUAUGAGGAAUCUACUUAUUGUGUUGUCAACUCAUACAUAAAACCUGCUAAGAGCUCUGACCUUUAUCAGAUUAUUGAAGAAUUUUCAAGUAAUUUUAAGCAACAUUUGAGGCAUGACAAGUUGCAACGCGGUUUGUGUAUUCAGUCGUGUGAGGCAACCGUCCGAAAACUGACAAACGAUACAGCAAAAUAUUAUGUUGAUGAGUUUCCAAUGGACUCAAAAAUAAUUUUUGAAAAUAUUAAAUAUCCCAAUGCUGAUGUAGACAGAGAAAAAUAUCGCGAGUUGAUCAACAAAUGCGUCAAUGUCGAGCUUGUGAGUGCUUUCAACUUGAGUGCUUACAGUUCUGUUGAGUAUUGUGUGAGGGGAAACAGGGAAAAACCUUUAGAUGAACUCGAAGUUUUCACAAGAAUCUUAAUUUAUGCGAUAAUUUCGAUCGUUUUGUUUUCAAGUUUAUAUGAUCGACACUUGAGAAAUUACAGCUUUGACAGUCAUCAUCAUUAUGAGAAGAAGUUAAAGAACAAACUUGAACGGAUUUUGACAAUCUUUUCAAUAAGAAGAAAUUGGAAAAAAUUGUCAGCGCCGACCAAAGAUGAUGUUAAAGAUUUGCGCUUCAUUGAAGGUCUGAGAUCGCUUAUAAUGUUUGGCGUGAUUCAUAAUCAUUGUUCAAUGUUCAGUAUAACAAUUCCAUCUUCAAAUCCAAUCUUUAUUGAUGAUACUUUUAGUACAAGCAAAGCUGUGUCAUAUAUGAGCGGCAAUCCAGGAGUUCAGACAUUUCUGGUCAUUGGUGGCUUCCUUACAGCUUACCUUUUAAUGGAUAAAUUGGAGAAAAAUGCUGAUUCAAGUUACUACGAAUUCUUCCGGGGAAUUAUUUCACGAUAUUUACGUUUUGCACCUUUGCUGAUUUUCACAAUUUUAAUUCAUGCAACGUGGUUGUAUCGAUUGGGUGACGGACCAUUCUGGGAUCGAGUAAAUUAUCCUGAGAAGCAGUUUUGUAGGAAGAAUUGGUGGGUGAAUCUUCUUUUUCUUGACAACUACAUUAACGUUGAAGAGAAAUGCUUGAUUCAUACUUGGUAUCUUGCUGCUGAUUUUUGGCUUCGUAUUCUCACAACUUGGUGUUUGAUUCGAAUCCACAAGAAUCGAUCAUUGACAAUUAAGAUUUUUAGUGCUGUUUUGGGAUAUUCAGCAAUCGCAAUCGGCUAUACAGUAUAUGUAAAUAAACUCGAAGCAACUUCAAUCUUUCCACCUGAAGACAUCCGCAAUCAAUUAAUGCCGACAAGUGAUGACAAACCAAACUAUUUUAAAAUUCUUUAUAGUCCAACACAUUUGAAUAUUGCCAAUUAUUUUAUUGGAGCUGGAGCUGGUCUUUUCUAUCAACGUCAUAAGAAACAAAGCGAAUUUCAUGAAAGAAGUUGGAUUUUUAGAAUUCUUUGGUAUUUUUGUCUCGUUGGAGCUUUUGUGAUCAUUUCAUCUACAUACAUGUUUUACACGAAUACUUACGAGCCAUCGUUGUGGAUUGCAUUAGAGGCAGCAAUUUUCAAACAUGUUUGGGGUUUAGUCAUGUCUUGUAUUAUGCUUGGAAUUAUUUAUCGUUAUGGAUGGUUUGCUUCUACGAUGUUAAAUUAUCCAGCAUACAGAAUUCUUGGAAGAAUUUCGUACGGCACUUUCAUGUGUCAUUUAUUUGUUGUUAAACUUCUUAUGUCAAGUAAUCAUCAACCUAUUUACUUAAGUGAUUGGAGUAUUAUGACUUAUGCUAUAGCUUCUUUUGUCCUAAGCAACCUAAUUGGAGUAGUUUUGACAUUAUCCAUAGAUUUACCUGCUUCAACAAUUACUUCUAUGAUAUUAAAAGAAGAUCAACGACUAACUAUGAUUUACGCUCUCGCAUCUUUCAUUUUAAGCAACAUAAUUGGAUUAAUCUUAACUCUCUUCAUUGAACUUCCGAUAAAUACAAUUUUCAGCAUGUUAAACCUUAAACAAGGCUUAGAAAUGAAGUCUAAAGACGAAUGCGAUUGUGAAGAUGUUUGCAAUCCAAUAUCAAGUAUCGAUCAAUUGUUAAAUGACAACGGCGAUGCAUUUCGAUGGUGUGACUUAGUGGAACCUUUAGUUGAGCGAUCAACUCCACGAUUUUUGCAUAAAAAGUUUUAUUCAAUGGAUUAUGGAGUUUACACUAAUUAUGCUGAAAAGGAUCGACCAGAAGUGCUCGUGUGUCAUGAUUAUAAAGGAAAUUAUUUAGAUGACAAAUUCAUCAAUGGGACGCCAAAGUGGGAAGAAUAUCGUUUUUAUCAUUGGAACUGCAUCGACAUUUUCUGUUACUUUAGUCACAAACUUGUGACGAUUCCAACAUUACAAUUUAUCAACGCUGCCCAUAAAAAUGGUGUGAAAGUUUUAGGAACAUUUAUCGUUGAGAAUGUUGAUGGACGAAAGGCGCUCUGUGAUGAAAUUUUAUCAAGCAAAACACAAGUUGAGCGUGUCGUAAAUUGUCUCGUUGAGAUUACUAAGCGAUUAAAAAUAGAAGGUUGGCUUCUUAAUGUUGAAGUCACUGUCGAUGAAGAUAAAAUUCCCAUGUUGUAUUAUCUGGUCGAAUAUUUGACUCAUAAAACACACAAAGAGAUAAAACAUGGAAAAGUUAUUUGGUAUGACAGCGUAACAUGUGAAGGAAAAUUGAAUUGGCAGAACGAACUUAACGAAGAAAACGAAUCAUUCUUUAAUAGAUGUGAUGGAAUAUUCACCAAUUACAAUUGGUCAGUUCAACAUUUAGAGAGAACAUCAAAGUUGAUUGAUGACAAAUAUCCAAAUAGAAGGAACGACGUUUUCUUUGGAAUUGACGUCUUUGGUCGUGGACAAAUUGCAGGCUUUCGAAGUCCUGAGACAAUUUCAAAACUUUGUGCCUUCAAGUUCAGUAGUGCAAUUUUCGCUCCAGGAUGGACUUGCGAGACAAUCGACGCUGUCAUUGGUUUUGAAGGUCUUCAUCAUGGUUCUGAUAGCUAUCGCGAUAGAUUCAAUGAAAGAUUUCUUGAAAGAAAUGAUCGCUUUUGGAAGUCAAUGUACGAGUUCUUUUAUAUUUUUGGUCCAAAGACUCUUCCAUUUGUUACAAACUUUUGCAUUGGAUCUGGGAAGCGAUUUUAUCGGAUGGGACGUGAAGUGAAGAAAAAUUGGUUCAAUUUAAAGCAUCAAGGGUUUCAACCUUCAACUCCAUCACUUGAAGGAGUUUUUACACAUUACUACGACGAUGCCUUUGAUGGAGGAAGUUCAUUGUCAUUGGAUACGACGGACUUGAUAAGAAUGUUUGUCUGCGAGUUCCCAUGUGAUGAUGACGUCAUUUUCGCUUACACAUUCAAACGAUCUUCGGGAAUGAAUGACGUCCAUGUGAACUUGAACAUUUCAGAUAUCGAACGGAAUGUUGACAUUCAACUGGUUUGUGGUGGAAAAAAUUCCACAAAUCCAUUUGUCAUGUCUUGUGUGUCCGAGGAAGAUGUGAGAACAAUUGCAAUCUUUCUAGCAAAUAGUCGACAAGUAUUCAUUCCAAGUCUAAUCAAUGGAUGGGAAACGCGCUACUUUUUACUGACGUUCAAUUCUUCUACAAAAGCUUUAAUUACCGACAUCGGAAUCAAGAAACUUAAACGAGGAAGAAUUCUCAUCGGACACUUGGCAUUUUAUUCAGCAAAGAAUUUUAAUCGUAACGACUUUGGCCAUACCGGUUUGGAUGCAUUGUCGCGAUUACAUAUUAACAAACUUUGGCCAGCGUCAGGAACAGGUCGCUACUGGAGACAUUCAGUAAAAUCUAUCAGAUUCUGUAAAAAAGGUUGCACAAAUCGGCCUUUCUAUCAAAUUGUAGUGAUGGAGCGUCGCAAACAUGUGCAGGAGCCGGUUAUUGAACAGGUUGGAACUUAUGAUCCCUUGCCAAACCAAUUCAACCAAAGAAUGGUUUCAUUGAACUACGAACGAAUUAGAUAUUGGCUUGGAUCUGGUGCACAUGUGACAAGAGGCGUUGCUGAGCUUUUAGGACUAUCAGGACUUCUUCCUAUUUAUCCUAAAACUUAUAAAGAUGCUUGGUCGAAAAGAAGAUAUCAUAAAGCAAAAGAAGAAGCUGAAAAGAAGGCAGAAGCUGAAAAGAAGGAAGAGGCUGUAUCAGUCUCUGAAACUCAAUAAAAUUGACAAUGUCAUUUAGUUUUUACUAUACUUAGCAAUAAAAAAAUGUCAAAUAUAA